AUGGCUUCCUCAGUAUACGACUUUGCCAUUGUCGGAGGUGGCCUCUCAGGCUGCGUCCUCGCGAGUCGUCUUCGCGAAUACAACCCGGCAGCCAAAGUCCUCCUCCUCGAAGCCGGCGGGGAAACGCGCGACCGUCCAGAGGUGCGCGAGCCCCAGGCCCUGAACCUGGGCGGCGACCUCGACUGGGCCUAUGAAUCAGAGCCCGUGUCGCAACUCGGCGGACGCGCCGUCACGCUGAACGCGGGCAAGGGACUCGGUGGCAGCUCGGCCAUCAACUCCUGCGGCUGGCAGCGCGGUGCCGCCGCCGACUACGACGAGUGGGCUGCGCUCGUGGGCGACGACCGGUACAGCUACAAGGGACAGCUGCCGUACUUUCGUAAGUCGGAGAGGUCCUUCGACGACGUAAAUCCGGAGCACCAUGGCAAGGAUGGCAACAUCCACGUCAUGACAUCGGGUGCUGCGAACCGCAUCUACCCCCUCAGCAAGCAGAAUGCUGCGGCGUGGGAGGAGCUUGGCGUGACUAGCGUGCCGAACCUGGACCAGAACGCUGGGCAGAACCUUGGCCGUGCGUAUCUCUGCGAGGCAAGGCGUGAGGGAAAACGCCAGUGGGCGGCUGACGCGUACCCUCUCGAGGGUGUCGAGGUGCGGUUGAACACGCUCGUCGCGAAUAUUGUGCUGGUGAAGAGCGACAGCGGUGUGAGAGCCACUGGCGUGGAACUGGCGGACGGGACGUCUGUUGCGGCCAAGGAGGUCAUUGUGUCCGCUGGCGCUUUCCGCUCACCCCAGCUGCUGCUGUUAUCAGGCAUUGGCCUGGCUGAGGAUUUGAAGCAGUCCGGCAUCGAGCCUGUUGUCGACCUACCCGAGGUGGGCCAAGGGUUGAUGGACCACAUGCUGUUCUUCCAGCACUGGCGGGUCAAGGAUCCCUUGGCUGGAUACACCAUGGGUUCUCCGAAUGAACUGUGGGCUCAGCCUCAGUAUGCGCAGGGCAUGCCCUUUGACUGGAUCGUCAACACGGGUGUACCAGAGGAUGACCUGAAGGCGGCCAUCAAGAAGGAUGAGGGUUUGGAGCCGGACAGCAAUACGCACAGACUUCUCAAGACCCCUCGCACCUUUUUAGAGUACAUUGUGGCCUACGUGAAGCUGCCAUUCCCCGGCACGACGAUGGACGCGGAGCACAUCACGACCGGAGUGGUCUCUUUUCUGCCCACCUCGCGUGGAUCAGUGUCCUUGAAGUCAAGCAACCCUCAAGACCAACCAAAGAUUGACAUGAACUAUCUUUCCACCGAGGUGGACAGAUUCGUCUAUCGGCAGGGCCUUCGAAACAUCACCAAGUUUAUGCUUGGCACCCAGUUCUCUGAACAUGUUUCUGGGGAGACUGUUCCUGACAUCCUCCCCGCGGAGCCUGCAACUCUCGAGGAUAGCGACGAGAAGCUGAAUCAGAGGUUGGCCGUGGCCAGCGGAACAACGUGGCACGCCUGCGGCAGCUGUGCCAUGGGCAAGGUGGUCGACACUGCUUUCCGAGUCCACGGUGUCGACGGCCUCAGGGUUGUCGAUGCCUCCGUGUUCCCCGUGCCACUGAGCGCACAUAUCCAGGCGCCCCUGUAUGCGUUGACGGAGCAAGCCGCGCUAGAGUCACCCCUUGCCAUCCGCAUGGCGACUCAAGACGCGGGUGAGAAGAAGUCGCCCACCGACGCGGUCAACCCCAUCGCCGUCGACCCAGAAUCAGGACCACCCAGCAGCACAGCCGACGACAUUGAGAAAGCACCAUUCACCUUUCUCGUGCAAGGCAAAGAUGGAACGGCCCAAGAGGUCAUCUCGGACGAUGAUCCCCAAGUGCGUGACAUGCCACCCUACGUGCGCCAGAUCGGCAGCUUCACGGACAACCGGAGGCUGCCCACGCUGACGUUCCGCUACUUUGUGCUCAUCAUCGUCUUCAUCAUUCCCAAUGUGUUCCUGAGCCAGUGGAACCACAUUCUUGCAGCCGCCUUUGACGCCGGGUUCAGCUUGAACAUGCUGCUGUUGUUCUUCUUCCUUGGCUCUGGUAUGAUCAUCUCCAUGCCGUACUGGUGA